AUGGCGGCUCCUACAGCUGGAACCGUCAAACAAGACAUAAACAACUUGGGUUCCUUGACUCUGAACCAGUGUAACUCACUGGUACGACGUGCGGAAGCGGAAGUGGAGAACCUCUCAAACCACUUGUCGCAGCUCAAAUUCGCGGCAUCUCGCGUUUCUGAGGCUCGUGAGGCAGUGAUACAGCUUGAUGCGUACAGACAGAGGCAGAAAGAGGGGGAAGCGCCCGAAGUUCUCGUGCCACUCACAGGAGCACUCUACGUCAAGGGUCGACUUGACUGCGAUGACAAAGUUCUUGUCGACAUCGGCGCAGGGUACAUGAUCCAAAAGACAUAUCAAGAUGAAAAGAAAGAUGCAAUGAGGAUUUUGACUUCCAUGUCGGAGCAACAAGCGCGGCUUGAGAAGAUAAUUAGCGAUAAAGUGAAGCAGCUGCAGGUGCUGGUGGCAACGCUGAACCGUUCGAGGGACGAAGCACCUUCUGGGGCAUCCGCUGCCCGUCGGCAGCCGGCACCAGCAUGA